AUGGCCCCUUCCAAAGUCACAUUCUUGGCGGCAUCCGUCGUUCGGCUCUUCCGAGUCGCUGCUUGCUGGCUGGCUGGCUUGCGUGGCACCGUCGCAACCUCCGACGACGGCCCAUACGCGACAGAGACGGCAGGAUCCGAGCAGCGGCAGGGGCGGGGCGGCAGGAGCGGCGGCGCGGCAAAAAUCCUGGCCUUCUGCGGAGGCGCCAGAGCAGGAUUCCAGGAUUUCGCCGGCGAAAGCGAGCGAGCGAGCCAGCAGAAGCGCCUCUGCCAAGCCUGGGGGCGCUGCGGUGUGCUGCAGGUUGCCACCUGCAAUCAUUGCAUCCCUCGCAUUCCACCUCGCAUCUCGCAUCUCGCUUGGCCCCCUCUCAUCCUGCUGGACACCUCGUCGCCGCCUCGCUUGAGCCGUGAGUGUCUCAGCGCGUCUAGCCUGGGACCGUCCGUCUGGGUUUCGGAAGCGAUCCUCGUCCUCGCGACAGCGGCCCCCGUCAGCGGCCCCCGACAGCAGCACCCUGACUGCACGCUGCGCUGCGGUACAGCACGCGCACCCUUCCGCAUCCCGCAGGCUUGGCUUCCACUCGGCUGCUGUCUCUGCUUCGGCAUCCGUCACGACCUCGCGACCUCGUCAGCUGCUCCUCCGUCAACCACCAUCUCCAUCGUCUCGACCAUCCUGGCGGAAGCCAUUCCGCUCAUCCCACCAUUGCCCACCGUUUGCUCCUUCGUUUGGCAACAUCAUUUGUCGCCCACCUGCGGUAAUAUACUCGGUGCAUUUCUCGGAAGCUCAACCGGCUUUGCUUUCAUCUUCAUUUGCAACGGCCCCGCCUUUCGUCUUCUCAAAGCUUUGCUGCUCGCCACACGCGCUUGCCCUCGAGAGCCGCGGGUCAAGCGCAAACAUCCGCAUCGCCCAGUCCAUGCAACCAAAAGCCCACACAUUGCUGCAGCAUACUUGAGGCGCACGACGCCCUGUCCUAGAAGCAACCUCGCCCCGACAACUCGUGAGCGGCUAGACUUCCUGACCCAGCUUGCCUCGGUCGUCGCUCUUGCCGACGCGACAAACGCACCACCGAGUCGCUCCCCCAUCCUCCAAGCUUCCACACCGCCGAGCAUGGGCUUCCAGAUCAGCCUGGCUUCGCUCGUCGAUCAACACGCCUCAGACUAUGCCAAUCUGUACCUCAACUCGAGCGCAGCCUCGUCGCCCCUGGCUCAGACCUACCUGAACAGCACCCAGUUCGCUCUUCCCGUCAACCUCUCCUCGGUGCCCCAGAUCUUCGUGGUCAACCCUUCGAGCGACAACAUCUUUCGCCAUGUCAACCCGCAGAGCGCACACGCCGCCAUCGUCGCGCUCAUCUACUUCUCCAUGUGGAUGGGCGCUCUCGGCUGGGACAUUGUCUCCACCAUCCACUUUGACCUCCGCCUCGUCAAGGAGACCUCGUGGUCCAGCAGCUUCUCCGCCCUCUAUUCGGUCGCCUACCUCCUCUCGCGCUACAUGAGUCUCGCAUGGCUCAUCACCGUCGUCACCAACAGCGUAAUCAUGACCAACCGAUGCGACGCCUGGAUGAAGGGCAGCACCGCCAUGUUCAGCGUCGCCAUCAGCGCAACCAUGCUCGUCUUUUGCCUCCGCACCUGCUCCAUCUGGCACAUGAAGCAGAAGGUCGUCUCGCUCGUCGUCUCGGCUUGGCUCAUCGUCGUCUCGUUUGCCGUCCUCCUCCCCGUCAUGAGCUACGGCAACCAGCUGCCCACCUCCAACUUUUGCGCUUGGCACUUCAACGGCCUCUACGUCGUCGGUGUCUUUGGCGCCCUGCUGCUCUUCGACCUCCUCUGCCUCGUGCUCACCGUCUGCAAGCUCAACAAGGCCGGCUGGCGCGGCCUCGUCCACGGCAUCUUUCCCUCCAGCCGCUACAACUUGGACGCCGAAGACGUCAAGACCAUGCUCGUCCAAAAGACCACCGCCUUCUUCGCCAUCCAGUUCCUCUUCCUCAUCUCGGCCCUGCUCGUCUAUGUUCUCACCGACACCUAUGCCUACCGCAUGAUGAACAUCGUCGCCAGCGUCGCCGUGGCCAGCUCCAUGGCCGGGCGCAUCUUCAGGCGCGCAUGGCGCCAGACGCGAGAGCUGGCGCCGCACAACCUCAACCGGCCCCCAUCCUACUUUCCCGCCUGGGCCGAAGAGCACCGCGACACCACCGGCUUCGCCCGUCCCGACCGCCGAUCCAGCUCCAACCCGGGAAUGGACGCACGUGCCGAAGCCACCGAGGCGGACGCACGCAACAAGCGCGACCACGACAAGCACGACUCGCUCGCCUUCUACGUCGAGGGCGAGUUCGGGCCCAAGCUCAAGUCGCGCUCCAUGUCGAGCCAGUCGUUGCGCUCCGUGCCGCGCACACCCUUGUCCGGCGCCAACACACAGCAGCAGCAGAUGCGAGAGAUGGAGGCGGGCCACGUAGCCGCCGACCCACACGCCGAGCACGCUGGUGUCACCAUCAUUUCGCGCAACACGCUCGUGCCACCCCCUGCGUCCACUCCGCAGCAUGGCCCUGCACCCGCCUACUCGCGCCGGCUCGGCUCGGCGGGCUCGUCGCGGCCAAACACGGGCGAUCAAAGGUCGUUGGGUUCCAGCCCGAGCCGCGAGAUGGUGGCGCUUCCGCGCGGCGCCAUCAGCGGCUCGCUUGUCUCCUUCUCCAGCCACCGCGACGAUGCGGGCUCGAGCACCGCUCAGGGCGCCGAUCGACCGGGUCGAGCGAGCCACGAGGCGUGGCCCGACCUCGUCGGCGGCUUGGUGCGCGAGGACAAGACCAUCGCCCGCCAGAAGAGCAGCUCGGCGAUCGAGGAGCAGCGACGCCGCACGUUUGUCACCUCGCCGCCCAUGACGGCGCGCGUGGCGCUCAACAGCAAGGAGGUGUACGACGUCGACAGCGUCACGGCCGCGGCGAGGCUCGGCGGGCGGCACGCGCAGCUGCACGAGUCGUUCUCACGGCCGGCCACCGCGUCCUCGGCGAUCCGGUCAGCCGGGUCGGACGCGGCAUCCUCUGGAUCGUCGCCAGCGCCACGGAGCGGGAUGCGCAGUGCGGAAGGACGUGUCGCGGACGACGACGUGCUGGGCAGCGGGAUGCAGCAUGUCGGAGGGGCGCGAAUGGCGUUCUUGCGGACCGAGCCAAGGACGCAGGAGGGACGCACGCCGCGGCCCAAGACGGCGCCAAACGCCUCGUCGCCGUCGCUUUCGCCGUCGGGCUCGAUCACCUCGCAGAUGACGGUGAUGCCGCGCGACUUUGGGCUGGACAGCGGCGACACGGAGCCGCGGCGGACGCCGACCGCGCCGACCGCGCCGGCCUCGGACGAUGACGUGCUGUUUGCGUUUCUGAAUACGGUGGAGCAGGAUGCGCAGGAUCGAGCCGUUGCGUCGCGCGGCGCCGACUCCAACGGCAGCGGCUCGAGCCUCAUCGAGGACGGGCGACCGCGUACGGCGCGCGGCAACACGGCGUCGAGCCGGCACAGCAGCGAUGCGGACGAUGGCUCGAGCGAUCUGGGCACGGUGCUCGGGCACGAGAGCAGCGCGCGGGCGUCGUUGCCGCGCACGCAGGUGUCGAGCAAAAGGGCGCGUUCGGGCUCAGCAUCACGUCGACGGGUGGGGACGAGCGAGAGCAGCCGAAGCGAGCGCAGCGGUAGCGGCACGCGGCCGUCGACGGCGGUGGGCGAUGCGGUCAAGCCGUUUGGCUACGGCGUGUGUGCGCGCGGUUCGCGAACACGCCCGGUGCGCGCCUACGCGAGCGACGAAGAGGCCGACGAGGAAGGCGAGCUGGGGUCGGUGAUCCAGCAGCAGUAUGCCAAGCUCGCUUUGCGCGCCGGAAUGCCUUUGGACCCGGCGUGA